GUGUAAAAUACUUUUAAAAUAUUAGUUUAUAUAAUUAAUAUAUCAUGUAUAAAAAUAAAUGAGGUGAUAUAUUAAAACCUACAAGUAUAAAAAUAAAACUAAAUAAAGUAGAAGUAUAAUAGUAAUAAUGCAAUAUUAUCAAAUUGUAAUUAAUAAUGGUUAAUCGCAAAUGUCUCGUGGCCAUUGCCAACACCUUUCAAUCGUCCCCUUUAUUCUCUCUCCCUCACUAUGUUAGCAAAUUUCAUGCACAAAAAAAUCUCAUACCAUUUGCAAGCCAUUUCUUCCCUCAAAACAUUCCCACAUUCUCAUUUUGCCCCUCCAAAGGGCGCGCACUUGUCACAAGUGCGCGCACAACACUCCCACCACCCACCGUCGUCAUGGCCAUUUCCCCAUCCUCCCGUUCUGCCUCUGUCGUCUUUCUCGUCCUCUUCCACGCGACGACCUGCCUCGUCGUCCCGUCUUUCGGGAAGACCGAGGCCGAGAUUCUCACCGCCUUCAAAGCUUCCUUGGAGAAUGCCUCCGCGUUGUCCGACUGGGACCCGUCUGCAGGGGCCGUGGGCCCCUGCACCGGCGGCCGCCCCAACUGGCGCGGCGUCAUGUGCCUCAGGGGAAAAGUCCACGGCCUGAAUUUGAACAACAAAGGCCUCGGCGGGACCAUCGACGUCGAGUCCCUGGCGGGGCUACCGUCUUUUCGGGUCCUUGGCAUCAUGAACAACAACUUCCACGGCCCGAUGCCCGCGUUCAAGAAACUCGGGUCCAUGAAAUUCCUAUACCUGUCCCGCAACCACUUCUCCGGGGAGAUCCCGGACGACGCGUUCGCGGGGAUGCAGUCGUUGAAGAAGGUCCAUUUGGCGAAUAACAAGUUUUCCGGGGCGAUUCCGAGCUCGUUGGCCAAGGCCAAAAGGUUGAUAGAGUUGAUGGUGGAAAACAACAAGUUUGAUGGAGAAAUACCAAAUUUUAAUCAAGAACGUUUGAAGAUGGCAAAUUUCUCCAACAACAAUCUUCAAGGUGAAAUCCCAGCUAGGUUUUCUAACCUCAAAGCUUCCUCAUUUUCAGGGAAUGUUGGUCUUUGUGGAAAGCCAUUGGAGCCAUGCAAGGUCGAUGACGACCCUGCAGACUCCAAUAACUCUCGGUUCAAAACGAUAAUCAUCGUGGGCAUGGUGGUGCUGGUGAUCGUAGCGGUGGCCAUCGCCAUCAUCUUAGCCAUGCAAAGGAGAAAACCCGAAAACGACGAGGACAGUGGCGGGUCAACCCGGGCGCAAGUGGGCACCCAGACGACAACCGAUUUGGAGCGAAUGGAACGGGGCUCGGCUGGCGUGCCAGGCAAGAAGUCAUCGCCAUCGGAUCCACAAGCCAAGACCGGCGUCAAGCUUUCGUUCCUGAGGGACGAAGACACGGGCAAGUUUGACUUGGCCGACCUGCUCAAGGCCUCCGCAGAGGUCUUGGGAAACGGGUCCUUCGGGUCGACUUACAAGGCGGGCCUCAGCUCGGGCCCCGUGGUGGUCGUGAAGAGAUUCAGGCAGAUGAACGACGUCGUGAGGGAGGAUUUCGUGGAACACAUGAGAAGGCUUGGGAAGUUGAAGCACAAGAACUUGCUUCCUGUUGUGGCUUUUUACUAUAGGAAAGAGGAGAAGCUUAUGGUUUUUGACUAUGUUGAGAACGGAAGCUUAGCUUCUCAUCUUCAUGGUAAAAAGAACAAGAGUCGAGAGGGCGGCCUGGACUGGCCAACAAGGUUGAAAAUCAUAAAGGGAGUGGCGAGGGGGAUGCUCUACCUCUACAACGAGCUCCCCACCAUGGUCGUCCCCAACGGCCACCUCAAGUCCUCCAACGUCCUCCUUGACGCCGCCUACGACCCCCUCAUCGCCGACUACGGCCUCCUCCCCAUCCUCAACCACGACCACGCCGAGGACCACAUGAUCGCCUUCCGCUCCCCCGACUUCCGGCAGGGCGCCAGGCGCCUCUCCCGGAAGACCGACGUCUGGGCCCUCGGGACCCUCGUCCUCGAGACGCUGACCGGGAAGUUCUCGACGGACGCCGACGUCGUUGACUGGGUCAAGUCAACGGUCCCGAGCACCCUCGACGCUCUAGACGGGGACAUGAUGAGGGGGGCGGCCGCCAAGGGCUACGAGGGCGAAAUCGUCAAGUUGCUUAGGAUCGGGCUCGAGUGCUGCGAGGCGAACGCGGAGGAGCGGUGGGACAUGCGUGAAGCCGUCGAGCGGAUCGAGGAAGUCAGAAAAAGGGAUAACGGCGGCGAGGACGACUUCUACUCUUCGUACACCAGCGGCGGCGGCGACAACAUCCGUUCAUCGAGAGGCCUGUCUGAUGAUUUCAAUCACGUCCCGCUCAAUCUGUGAUUGGUUUUGGCUUUGUUUGAGAACAAUAUUUGUGAUUUGGACAAUUUUUCUUGGACGUACAAAUUAAUUUAAAGAACGUUAGAAGUUACCAUCACAUAGUAUACUUAAAGAAUGCUAGAACUUAUGUCGAAUGGAGCUUCUAACUAUUUUUCGUUCUCCGGAAAGAAAAUCAAUAUAUAUGUAUAGG